AGUUACGAAUAUGACCCUUGGCUUGGUGUUUUACCUUCAUUAACGGUCACCUGACCUGACGAGCCCCUAUCUCCUCUCUCUAUCUCUCUGUCUCUCUGUGAGUGUACCCACCAGACCCCAUUUACCAUUUUCCAUGUCGAGGUUCUCUGAGAACGAGAUCUUCAGCUUACUGGGCUGGCUGUGACUGUGAUUGCUAAGCGGGGACUAGCUUCGCCACACCUGGCGGAGACGCUCUGAUCUGAAAUCUCGUUCAAUUUGGCGUUCGGGAAUCGGUGAUGCUGAAGUGUAUACCCUGCUCCAAGCAGCUCAACAAUGGAUCUCUCCACCACCAAGACGACGACGACGACGCUGUCGCCGGGACUCCCAGGACCAAGCAAGCCAUCAAGGCCCUCACUGCCCAGAUCAAGGAUAUGGCAUUGAAGGCCUCGGGAGCCUACAAAAACUGCAAGCCCUGUUCGCGGUCCUGCACUGACAACCGUCACCAAAACUAUGCCGACUCCGAUGCCAACUCGGAGUCAGCGAGUUUCCAUGGCUCGUACAGGCGGACGGGGAGAUCCAAUUCGACCCCGAGGCUAUGGGGGAAGGAGAUGGACAGUAGACUAAAGGCGCUUUCGAGUGGGGAAGGGACGCCAGCAUCAGUGAGUGGAAGGACGGAGUCCGUUGUGUUAGUGGAGGAAGAUGAGCCUAAAGAAUGGGUGGCACAAGUGGAACCUGGUGUGAUCAUCACUUUUGUUUCUUUGCCCCAAGGAGGAAAUGAUCUCAAACGUAUUCGAUUCAGUCGUGAGUUAUUUAACAAAUGGCAAGCUCAAAGGUGGUGGGCAGAGAAUUAUGACAAGGUCAUGGAAUUAUACAAUGUCCAAAGGUUCAAUCAUCAAGCAGUCCCCCUUCCAACCCCGCCUAGAUCUGAAGACGAGAGCUCAAAGGUCGAAUCUGCUAGGGACAGUCCUAUGACUCCCCCAUUGAGCAAAGAGCGCCUACCCCGCAACUUCCACCGGCCAAUAGGUAUGGGGUACUCUUCAUCAGAUUCACUUGACCAGCAUCAUAUGCAAUCACGUCAGUACUGUGAAACCAGUGGUCUAGCUUCAACACCUAAACUUUCCAGCAUCAGUGGGGUGAAAACUGAGACAUCAUCUAUAGAUGGUUCUGUAAGGACUAGUUCAGAGGCAGAUCGCUCAGGAGAGUUUUCAAUUAGCAACGCCAGUGAUAUGGAGACCGAAUGGGUUGAACAGGAUGAACCGGGAGUGUACAUCACUAUCAGAGCAUUGCCAGGUGGCGCUAGGGAGCUUAGACGUGUCCGAUUCAGCCGAGAAAAGUUUGGCGAAAUGCAUGCAAGAUUGUGGUGGGAAGAGAACAGGGCCAGGAUCCAAGAGCAGUACUUAUGACUUAGAAGUUAGCACAGCUUCGAGGUGGUGGCUCUUCUAUUAAACAGCAGUAUGUUCAUAGGCGCAAUCUCGUCAACAAAGCUUUCGUUUAUCAACUAUGACCAAGUUACAUGACUUCAGUUAAAUAUAUCUAUGUGAACUGUGGAAUUUCUUUUUUCUUUUACGGAUGGAUAAUGUUAUUGGUUAUUCGUGGGAAUUCGGUGAAAGGGUGCAAAAAAUGGGGGCGACGAAAAAUGUUUACGGGGAAUGAAAUUUGAUCUAUAAAGGCAUAUACUUUUCAUCA